AUGUCUACCACUUCAGACAAUGAAAUAACUGGAGAAGCAUAUCCCGGUCAUUCCAUUCUUCGUACCUACGUGAGUAAGACUCUUCCGAAAAAUAUAUCUUACAUGGAGUUCCUGAUUUCGAAUAAAGAAACAAUCAAGAUGCUUCCAACGUAUGCGAAAACUUGGGAAGGAAAUCAUACUGCUUGGAGUCAACGCUUUUUGCUAGAAAUAGAAAAUUUGGAAACUGGCGUAAUAGAAAAGGUUAAGAACGAGCUCAAAGAUGUGCGAUACUUGAAAGCAUUCUGGACAUCAAUAAUUCAUCAACGGAAUCAGUUAUCCGUCAAGGAAAUGUUUGAUGAUAGAUCCCUUCACCUUGUAGAAUUUGCCGGAAGAUCACAGAUCCAAGGAAUCGAGAAUUUAUAUAAUUUGUCACCAAUAAAAGAACAAACAAAAAACGCGAGCGAUGGGAUUCUAGAUAACUCCCAACCACCAUUAAAAAGGCUAAAGAAAGACCAACCGGUGUUGGCAGAAGAUGAGCUUGCCACACCCGCUGAACACCCAACUCUUCAACAUGACAGGCAAGAAAAUUUGAUUCGAGAGAAAAUUACAGGUUUAGAGAAUGUAGAUGAUGGUCGUACGUACAAGCGUCACAGGUCACAGACUCCGAAUAAUGAGAAUAAUCCAAAAGAAAAUGACACAGAAGCAAUUAAUACCGAACAAAAUUUAGGAAAACAAGUUGAGGAAGAACUUGUGAGACAUAUAAAUGAACAACAAUUGAGAGAUAGAAAAGCUUUGUUCAAAUGGAAUAACAAAAACAUUGAUACCUCCAUUAAAGAGUUCAUAAAGAAAAAAUCAGAAAUCAAAUGGCUAGUAAAAUGGCGCACACAAUACCGUACUAAUAAAUGGGCAAAUCAAUAUAUAGUUAACUCCACUGAUUGGAUAUCCACCUGGGAAUUCAUACAUGAUACCAAAAUAGUAUCAAAUUAUACUAGCACUGAAGAUCAAAAAUAUCGUUCAUUUAACAUUAAAAUAUUAAAUGAUGAGUUACCUGUAAUGAACAAUUUAAAUCAAAGAAAACCUACAGUGUAUACAACUAACAAAUGUCCCCUUUGUAAAACUAGAAUAGAGGAUUCAAUACACCCCUUCUUAUGUGGAGAGCAAGCAGAAAAGACAAAAUUGAAAUUCGAAAGUAGCCUAUUAGAUACAAUACUGGAUCAUAAGGGUAGAGAGAUGGCUGACAAAGUAAAACACGACCUAAAUAAUUUUACGAAUUUUAAACUAGACAUUCCUCGACAAAUUAAUGGAACCUCUCCAACUGACACAUUUGGAUUAAUGGAUUGUAUCCGAGGUUUAGUUCCGGUUACCUUAAAAAACCUAUUAAGGAAAAAUGGAG